GUUGAAAAGUAUGACGGUCUUUGAAGAAUAGCGAGAAACCGCCGUGAAAUAAGCAGUGAUUGUUUCGUCCAGCAGAUGGCGCAGCCGGGCAGGACUGUGAGGGUGAGUGGUCUGCCCGCUGACACUGAGGAUGACAGGCUGAAAGACAAGCUAUAUAUCCACUUCCUGAGGGCCAGGAACGGAGGAGGAGAAAUAGAUUGUGUCACCAUUGCCAAGGCAACGCCCGUCUUUGCUCUCAUCACCUUUGAGGACAGUAGAGUGGCACAGAGAGUUAUUCAACACAGCCAGCACAUUCUGGAAGUGGAUGGGAAGGAGUAUAAAGUCAUUGUAACUGAGCACCACGAAAGCCUGGACCCAGACAAGGUCAUCCUAAGUUUAUCUGCAGCAGUCGACUACAGCCAGCUUCCUGGAGGACAAAUGGCAUUAACGAGCCUUCAUAUGAGCCACCCUGAUAUCCAGAUAAACUACGAUGCUACUGUGGAAUUGUACACAUUGCAUGGCGCCUAUUCCAAAGUCCAGGCUGCCUUGGCACAACUGCUUGGCCCACAAUCAGCAGAAGACUCAGGUCAACCUGCCACCAGUGGCUCCAGGUCUGUUCAGAGAGCACAGAAGUGUCACACUCAGGAGUCAGAAGAUCAGAGCAGGAAACCUAAUAAGCGAAGAGAGCAAAGCGAGAAAGUUCACGCUGCCAGGUCUUCUGAUGAGUCCAACUCACAUGGAGACCUGACACCUGGUGGUUACAGCUGGGAAGAUCCUGGCCAGACAGAGGGUGCAGCUCUGCAGCUUCCUGGGCAUCCAACAACGUCAGAGGAGGACUUCUUACUAAUUGUGGAUGCAGACAUGUUCCAGUACCUGCAGAAACACUGCCACAAGGAAUACCAGGAUAUCCUUAGUCAGUAUGGUGUUGAUGUGAUCGAUAUGACAAAUCAGGGGUUGACUAGUCUGUUUUUGCAGGUUGCAACAGCUGUGGGGGAGGAUGGUCAAGAUCAGGAGUGCCUGAAGUUGGCAAGAAAGGCAAUAAGUAUUUUUUUCCAAGAGAAUCAGACAAAGAUCUGUCGAGCCAACCUCCCGAAGAUCAUCCUGUCCCCGAAGGGGGAACUACAAAGGGCGAAGGAGGACUUAAGUGUCAGACUUCCCAAGCUUCUUGUGACAGAAGAUGACCAAAAUCUUUACAUUAUCGGGAGCAAUAGUGACGUGUCUGAGGCCAAGCAGUUUCUCCUGGACCACAGCGAAGUGAGGAGAAAAAAGGAGGAUGUAGCCAGUCUUCUUAGAUUUCCUUCAUAUGAUUCAGGUUCAUCAAGUCAGGCUGAUGAGCAGAGAGUCCCCCUCACCAUGUCCUCCUCUGUAGAUCCUAUGGAUGAGAGGAUGGAUCAGCUGCUGAAGUCAGAAGAGGAAGAGAGGAGAGCUGAAGGGGCCAGAAGGUAUAAACUAGCUGCUCGGUUUAAAGAUUCAGGCCUGGCUGCAUUAGGCAGUCGACCGACUGACUUCAGCUUGCGAGGAGGGCUCUCAUCCCCCGGUAGACAAACACGCCUUGGGCCAAUGUUAGGGCAUGAUGUGCUGUCAGAAACAGCGGAGAUUCCUGGUGAAAGAGUCUCCAGAGGAUUAUUCCAAAUCACUGGAGGGGACAUCUUGUUUAAGAGUGGAGAUGUUUGGCCUUCAGCUGCUUCUAUUCAGAGUAAAACCUCCUUUAACUCACAUUUAAUUGAUAAUCGACCCAAGAGUUUUACAUCCCCCCUCAGCACAACUGAGUACAGUCUGUCUGGAGGUACUCCACUUCCAUCUGCUGGGUCUGGAUCCACCUUGAAGCGAGCCAGUAGUUUCUCAGGAACGCCUCAGAAGAAGGCCCAAGUUUCGGGUCGGAAGAGUCAAGACGACACCAGCAAGUCCACAGUCAGAGCCCGGCCCAGGUCCUCCAGCUUCAAUAACCAAAUACGGAAGGACAAGCAGGGAGGCUAUAGUGCAGAGAUUACAGUUACCUUUGCGAUGUGGCAGCACAUAAAAGAGGCCUUUAGCACCCGAGUGGACGACCUGACUUCCGAUGUGCAGAUGAAAGAGAGCGACUCUGAUGGCAGAAGUGAUGUGACUGUCACCUUAAGAGGGGCAAACUCAUCCAAAGUGAGUUCAUGUCAGCUGGGUCUGCAGAAGCUGGUUGAUUUGGUUGACGUAGACUUCUCUGUGCAGGAACUGCACUUGUCAGAGCUGGGUAUCACAGACGCCGCAGAUGAAACCUUACAGGCUUGUUGCGCAGAGGUGCGGAGCCGGUUCAAGAAGGUUACCAUCCAGAUUUCAAAGACGAACUUGUUUCUUCUCGGUCCAGAACAGUUGUGUUCUCAGGUAGGUGCUUCACUGCAGGAGGUGUUUUCUGGAGAUUUAGCCCAAAUAUCUGAGCAGCAGGACUUCUCUACCUCCAAAAGGAAUACAUCCACAUUCGAACAAACGAAUGAGGACAGAAGCAGUAGUCUACACUGUCACAGUAAUCUUCAGUUGAUGCCAGACAGCCAAACCGGCAGCGCUGCUGGGACUCGUAGUAGUCAUGAAAGGAGAACAAAACAUAGCGGCAGUGACAUCCGAGAGACAGAGCUUGUGAAUGGAUCCGUUAGCCAGCUGUCAGCGAGGAAAGACCCUGUCGUUAAGGAGAAAGUGAAAGCUGUAGGUACAGUGGAGAUGGAUGGACAAAAGACUGACACUUUCGUCAACCGCUCUGAAACAGGAAAUGAUAAAAGUGCGAGACAUGUAAAUGGUGACGGGUCAGCAACAACCCCCACUGAUACAGACCUUCAUACAAAAGAGAGAAUGAUGCAUUCCACCCAACAGAACAGUUUACAGCAAAGACAAACAGAGCUCGAGGACUCCCCAGAGGGACCCAGGCCAGGUCCCGGAGGUCCGGCGUGCCUCUGCGUGUGUGGGGAGACCGAGAGGUCGAUGGUGAGAGCUAAGUGUGGGGCUGCCUUUUGCUCGAAGUGCCUGGACACUGUACACAUCCACUGCAGAGUUUGCCAUGAGUCGCCGCCACGUGACAUCCCGGGCAAAAUGAGCUUCUCGAAACUCCACAUCACUGUACCAGGUCACAAGAGAGACACCGCCAUCAAGAUCACCUACUGCAUUCCUGAUGGCAUCCAAAAGGAGGGUCACCCUUCUCCAGGAAAACCGUAUCAAGGAGGGGUGUUUGAAGCCUUUCUUCCUGACUGCGAGAAGACGAGGAAGCUGCUGCCCAGGCUGCAGAGAGCCUUCAGGCAUGGACUCACCUUCACAGUGACGGAAAAAGAGACAGAGGGCAGGGUCACCUGGAACUGCAUCCCCCACAAGACCAGCCUAUAUGGAGGCAAAUCAGGGAACGGAUACCCAGAUUCGACUUACCUCACUCACCUGUCAGGGGUCUUGGCCUCACAUGGGAUUGAGGAGGCACCAGCCAGGUCUUGAGAAUAAAGGCAGUCAGAGGAGGAGCUCUUUUACGUCGUUCAUAUUUUUUAAAAUCUUUGUGGUUAGAGCCAUUUGCAAUAUAUUUGUAUCAUGGUUAAUUCCAGGUUAUAUUGCUAAAUUUGAGCAAAUGUAUAUAGAAACUGAAGGUUUUUUUUUCCAAUAAUGGAGCUCUCAUUGCAGCUAUUUUUUUUUCUACAACCUGCCUCACUCUUGCUUUCUUUAAGAUUUAUUCAAACUGUAAAAUGAGAAGUGUGACCAACCACCAUCAUUCACGUGGCUUUCCUGAACGUUUUCUCACAGUUUCAACUUCAUUUUGUAAAAAAUGUGUUCUGUAUUGUGUGUAUAGCACUGUAGAGUUUGGGGAAUAAAAUGAAUGACUGUCAAAAUCUUCCUUGAGGGGAUUUCAGAAUGGGCGCAGAAAUAAAAAAGCACAUC